UGCCCAAGUGCUGAACCCGGCGCACAAGCCAGCGUCUGUCAUCAGAAGAGAUUCUCCAGCGCUGACAGACGCGUCACACUCUGAAAACACACCAUUUAACGACAGCCAGGACUGUACCCGUCAUCUCUAAUCGCGCGUUCCGUUCCCGCUGCAUCUGAUUCGAGCGCAGAAUGAUUUUACGCGCUUUCUGGAUGCGCAACAGCGGACCCGCGGCGUCUCGGUGUCGUUUCUUUCACACAGCCGAACCAUGAGAUUCCGGGCUGAAGUGGCGCUUGUGUGCUCGGCUUUUCCUGCGGAAACCUCGGGCUGUGUUUUAGUUGGGAAGAAAACGCGACUGACGUUCGUUCGGGGCGCGUUUCUGAGCCCAUGAGGGAAAGCGAGCGAAGCCAGAGGAAUGACUCGCCCUUCUGUAAAACUCCUCACAACUUUACUCGCAUGCUUGAUAGAAAUGCUCAACUUCAGGAUAACGUCAGGAAAAGAGUACGAGAGAAUGUCCGGACGUGAAUUUUCUUCUGCGUUGUCUCCCUCUGAUUUCCUGGACAAACUGAUGGGCAGAACGUCAGGUUAUGAUGCUCGGAUAAGACCCAACUUUAAAGGUCCUCCUGUGAACGUCACAUGCAAUAUAUUCAUCAACAGCUUCGGUUCAGUGACAGAAACCACUAUGGACUACAGGGUGAACAUCUUCCUGCGGCAGAAGUGGAACGACCCUCGUCUGGCCUACAGCGAGUAUCCGGACUCGUCUCUGGAUCUGGACCCGUCCAUGCUGGACUCCAUCUGGAAACCAGAUCUGUUCUUCGCCAACGAGAAAGGAGCAAACUUCCACGACGUCACCACAGACAACAAACUCCUGAGGAUCUUCAAGGAUGGGACCGUCCUGUACAGCAUCAGGCUGACGCUGAUAUUGUCCUGUCCGAUGGAUCUCAAGAACUUCCCGAUGGACGUUCAGACCUGCACCAUGCAGCUGGAGAGCUUCGGCUACACGAUGAACGACCUGAUCUUCGAGUGGCUUGAUAAAGCUCCGGUUCAGGUGGCCGACGGCCUGACGUUACCGCAGUUCAUCAUCAGAGACGAGAAGGAGCUGGGCUACUGCACCAAACACUACAACACAGGGAAGUUCACGUGCAUCGAGGUGAAGUUCCUGCUGGAGCGUCAGAUGGGUUAUUACCUGAUCCAGAUGUACAUCCCCAGCCUCCUCAUCGUCAUCCUGUCCUGGGUCUCCUUCUGGAUCAACAUGGACGCGGCUCCGGCUCGGGUCGCUCUCGGCAUCACCACCGUCCUCACCAUGACCACGCAGAGCUCCGGAUCACGAGCCUCGCUGCCCAAGGUUUCCUAUGUGAAGGCUAUCGAUAUCUGGAUGGCGGUGUGUUUGCUGUUCGUCUUCGCCGCUUUGCUGGAAUACGCCGGCGUCAACUUUGUCUCCAGACAACAGAAGGAGUUUCUGCGUCUGAAACGAAGGCAAAGAAGAAAUCAAAAGGAGGAGGAAUUACAAGACGACCGACUGCAUUUCUCCGGAUACACCACCACGUCUUGCGUGAAGGACGGGACGGCGGUUAAAAACGCGCAGACGAACGCAAACCCGCCGCCGGUCGUCCUGAGAGACUCGGACGUGAACCGGAAGAAGUUCGUGGACCGAGCGAAGAGGAUCGACACCAUAUCGCGCGCCGCCUUCCCGCUCGCCUUCCUCAUCUUCAACGUCUUCUACUGGAUCACGUACAAGAUCAUCCGGCACGAGAGCGCCAGGAAAACUUAGCUCUGGGAUGAAACUGUGAAUAAUCAUAUUUCAAUAUCUGAUGGGCUUUUUUUGAACGGUUUCGUAUGAAAGACGCUGUUUUAUACGAUUGUGUUUUGGAUCGUUUUUAUGACUGGAGUCGUCAGUCUUCUCCUCUUUCUAAUCACGCCAACUUUUACAGCACAAAAAAACACCAUAUUGUGGAUUUAAUGAGGGUGAAUCGCACUAAAACCCAUCAAUGUCCAGCUUAUAUUUCACCAACAACUUAAUUGAAAUAUUACAUGUAAUUAAAAUGCUAUAAAAGUCGGUAAAUAUAAUGUAAUAAAAUGUUCUAAAAUUAAA